CAGAGGGAUUUGGGGAAGGAAAGAAUAAAAAAAAAGAGACGAAAGGAGGGAGACCAUCCUCCCCACCACCUCCGCCAGCAUCGCCACCACCGUUGACACCGCUCCGAGUCUCCAGUUGCGCCCAUGCCUGUGCCGCCAGUUUCGGUUUAGGGGCUGAACCGCAGGGGCUGAAGAAAAUGGGGCAGAGCGCGCCCCGGACCCUCCUGCUGCUGCUGGCGGGGCUGCUGGGGGAGGCUCUGGCGGGGUUCCCCAGUACCAUCAGUAUAGGUGGACUUUUCAUGAGGAACACUGUUCAGGAGCACAGUGCAUUUCGAUUUGCUGUGCAGCUAUACAACACAAACCAAAAUAUCACAGAAAAGCCCUUCCAUUUGAACUAUCACGUAGAUCACUUGGACUCUUCCAACAGUUUUUCAGUGACAAAUGCUUUCUGUUCACAGUUUUCCAGAGGAGUUUAUGCCAUCUUUGGAUUCUACGACCAGAUGUCCAUGAACACCCUGACGUCGUUCUGUGGAGCCCUUCACACGUCCUUCAUCACACCGAGCUUCCCAACAGAUGCAGAUGUGCAGUUUGUCAUCCAGAUGCGGCCAGCAUUGAAAGGAGCCAUCUUGAGUCUCUUGACCUACUACAAGUGGGAAAAGUUUGUGUACCUCUAUGACACAGAACGGGGAUUUUCCAUUCUUCAGGCAAUUAUGGAAGCAGCAGUACAGAACAACUGGCAAGUGACAGCCAGAUCUGUAGGAAGCAUAAAAGAUGUUCAAGAGUUCAGAAGAAUUAUAGAGGAGAUGGACAGACGACAAGAAAAAAGAUACUUAAUUGACUGUGAAGUAGACAGAAUCAACACCAUUUUGGAACAGGUUGUAAUCCUUGGCAAACAUUCUAGAGGCUAUCACUACAUGUUAGCUAACCUGGGUUUCACAGACAUUGUUCUGGAGAGAGUAAUGCAUGGAGGUGCCAACAUUACUGGAUUCCAGAUUGUUAAUAAUGAAAAUCCAAUGGUUCAACAGUUUCUACAGCGCUGGAUGAGGCUUGAUGAAAGGGAAUUCCCUGAAGCCAAAAACUCACCAUUAAAGUACACAUCUGCACUGACCCAUGACGCAGUCCUGGUGAUAGCAGAGGCUUUCCGGUACCUCCGAAGGCAGCGUGUGGAUGUCUCCAGGAGAGGCAGCGCUGGAGACUGCCUGGCUAACCCUGCAGUGCCAUGGAGCCAAGGAAUUGAUAUAGAAAGAGCACUGAAAAUGGUGCAAGUUCAAGGAAUGACAGGGAACAUCCAGUUUGACACCUAUGGGCGGAGAACAAAUUACACAAUUGAUGUGUAUGAAAUGAAAGCUGCUGGAUCACGGAAGGCUGGUUAUUGGAAUGAAUAUGAAAGAUAUGUGCCAGCAUUAGAUCAGCUGCCCUCUAAUGACAGUUCAUCUGUGGAGAACAGAACUAUAGUAGUCACUACCAUCUUGGAAUCACCAUAUGUAAUGUAUAAGAAAAACCAUGAACAACUAGAAGGGAAUGAGAGAUAUGAAGGAUAUUGUGUAGACUUAGCUUCUGAAAUAGCAAAACAUGUUGGAAUAAAAUACAAACUGUCAAUUGUUGGAGAUGGGAAAUAUGGAGCUAGGGACCCUGAGACUAAGAUAUGGAAUGGCAUGGUGGGUGAACUGGUCUAUGGGAGAGCAGAUAUAGCUGUUGCCCCCCUCACCAUAACAUUGGUGCGAGAAGAAGUCAUAGACUUUUCCAAACCCUUUAUGAGCCUGGGCAUCUCCAUCAUGAUCAAGAAGCCUCAGAAAUCUAAACCGGGCGUGUUCUCUUUCCUGGAUCCUUUGGCUUAUGAAAUUUGGAUGUGUAUAGUCUUUGCUUACAUUGGCGUCAGCGUAGUUCUUUUCCUAGUCAGCAGAUUCAGCCCUUAUGAGUGGCACUUGGAAGACAACACUGAAGAACCACGUGACCCUCAGAAUCCUCCUGACCCUCCAAAUGAGUUUGGAAUAUUUAACAGCCUUUGGUUUUCCCUGGGUGCCUUUAUGCAGCAAGGAUGCGAUAUUUCUCCAAGAUCUCUCUCAGGGCGAAUUGUCGGAGGAGUGUGGUGGUUCUUCACUCUCAUCAUUAUCUCUUCCUACACUGCUAAUCUCGCUGCCUUCCUUACGGUGGAAAGGAUGGUUUCACCCAUAGAGAGUGCAGAGGACCUGGCUAAACAAACUGAAAUAGCCUAUGGCACUUUGGAUUCAGGCUCAACCAAAGAAUUCUUUAGAAGGUCAAAAAUAGCUGUCUAUGAGAAAAUGUGGUCAUACAUGAAGUCGGCCGAGCCCUCGGUGUUCACCAAGACGACGGCGGACGGCGUGGCCAGGGUGCGGAAGUCCAAGGGGAAGUUUGCCUUCCUGCUGGAGUCCACGAUGAACGAGUACAUCGAGCAGCGCAAGCCCUGCGACACCAUGAAAGUUGGAGGCAACCUGGAUUCCAAGGGCUAUGGUGUAGCAACCCCCAAAGGCUCAGCAUUAAGAACUCCUGUAAACCUUGCAGUAUUGAAACUCAGUGAACAAGGCAUCUUAGACAAGCUGAAAAACAAAUGGUGGUACGAUAAGGGUGAAUGUGGAGCCAAGGACUCCGGAAGUAAGGACAAGACGAGCGCUCUGAGCCUGAGCAAUGUUGCUGGCGUGUUCUAUAUCCUUGUGGGAGGCCUGGGGCUGGCCAUGAUGGUGGCACUGAUCGAGUUCUGCUACAAGUCUCGGGCCGAGUCCAAGCGAAUGAAGCUCACCAAGAACACGCAGAACUUCAAACCUGCUCCUGCCACCAACACCCAGAAUUACGCUACCUACAGAGAAGGCUACAACGUGUACGGCACAGAAAGUGUGAAAAUCUAGGGAUCCUCGCCCUGACAGCUUGCAAGAUAAAAAGCAGCAGAGAAUGUGGCUACUUCAUGGAUUUGGACCAUCUGAGCCAGUUGCACUCUCUCCGAGGUGUCAGGCAUGACACGCAUUGAUGAUGGUGCAAUGUACUUUUAAUAGGAAAAACUGGUAUUUUUUUCCUUCAGUGCCUUAUGGAAGACUCUGAGACUCACAACAAUGCAAACCAUCACUGAAUAUUCUUGCUUUGCUUCAAAGAAGUAAAAGAAAAAUAAAAGAGGAAAAGAAAAGAAAAAGAAAUGAAGAAAAAAAGAAACAAAUGAAAGGGAAAAAGAAAAGGACUGGUAACAAGAUAUUGGUAUGUGAAAAAAAAAAAUUAUUGUAAAAAAAGAUCAGUGCAACAAAAGCCAUUCUUUGAUACCACUGCACAGUAACUGAACUUGUGUCCUGAAAGCAACCGCAGCUGGUUUCAUCAGCCACCCCAAUCGUAUCAAAUUAUGAAACUCCUCCUGACACAAAGCCUCAGAAAUCUGCUGCGUGCAAAUGCGGACUGGCCUGCCACUGCUUGUGUGAGCUGAUGUCAAGAUGUUUCAGUAUUUACUUACAGUGGUGUCAUUUUAUUUUUUUUCUGAGCCACUUUAACCUCUCCAGCUAAUUUGAGCAAUUCUGUAUAGCAGAAAAAGGAGGGAAAGAAUCUGUGCAUUCAAACUAAUUAAGGUCAAUGACUGUGAAUCUGUAAAUCCAGAAGAAGGUAAUUUGUGGAACUGCAUGUCUUGCUUCCAGAUCAGUAAAUUAAUUUCUUGACAAGGUAGCUAAAGUGCGGGCAGAAAAUAUUGCAUUCCUUUUUUUUUUGUUCUAUCAUCAGGCAUACCUACAGGUGCUUUAUUAAAAUAACAUUGGGUGGCUUUUAAAAUUAAAAAAAAAAGGGAAAAGCUACUUGCUGUUUAAGUUCAGACCAUAUAUCUCUUCUCCUGCUGUGCAUUUGCAUUUUAAUUCACUGUUUAAUAUCAUGCAAUGAAGCAAGAGAAAGGCAGGUUAGUUUUUCCCAGGCCUGCUUCUGCUUCUCCCCAGUUCUCUCCCACCUAGCACCGUGCUCAGCUAACGCUCCUCAGUAACGGUCCUUGUAAAACAGAGGCAAGGAAAGAGGAUAGUAACUCCAGUUUAGCUGCAGUUCCAGAGUAAUAGUAAGUGAUCUAACAUGACUCCUGCUAGUACUGUUAUAUAAUAUCAGCUCCUGCCAACUCUUGUUUCAUGCCUGGUGAGAGGAUGCUCCUGUCCCUGCCUCUCUGUGAGGAGGACGCCGCGCUCCGGCCACCUCUGCUCCAGGAGGAGCUCACUGUUACUCACAUCCAACGUCUUAGACAGCAGCAGCAUUUCAGCCUUGAACCUCUGCCUGGAAACUACUUAACUUCAUCUCUAAAAAUAAAAAUAAAAAUUUAAAAAAAAAAAAAGAAAAAGGAAAAAAAAACCACAAAACUUUAAACAUAUUGUCAAUCACUUGGGAAAUGUUCAAUGGAAUAUCUGCUUACUAAUUACCUCUAAUCGACAAUAUGUAUUUUCCGUAGUUUAUGAUAGAGUUUUAUUUCAUCAAUAACAUACAGUGAAAAAGAAACUCAUUUAAACCAGUCUGACCCUUAGGCAUUUAGUUUGCUGAUGAUAGAUUUGAACUUUCAAUAGGAUUUAAAAACAAACAAAAAACAAAAAAAAUAAUAAAAAUAAAAGUCUUGUUAAAAAUAUGUAUUUCCAACAAAAUGUAAUAUAAAAUAAUUUUAAAACUCAUAGGAGAAUAAUUUAUUGUUAAAGUUUUUAACGAGAUAUUGACAAAAAAUUGUUUUGUUUUCAUUUUCUUUUCAUGAAACUCUGAUUUUUUUUUUCAACCUCUGAACACAAACACAUCCCCAGCAAGGGUGAGCUAAAGCUGUGCAGUUAUGAGUUGUAUUUAAAACAAACGUUUUUCUUAAAAGAUGUAUAAAAUAUGUAUGUUUAUCAGAUCAAUUUUUAAGAGUGGAGGCUUCACACCAGUGAAGGGAGUUUGGUAAAUGGUUCGAUAUUUUUUAAACUUGCAUGUAAAUCUAAAAUGUGUUGAGUGCUUACCAAUUCUGGCUACCAACUUCAAGCUAUCAGAAGUUUGGCAGUAGUCUCAUGAUGAUUUGUUUUGGUAUAUUUUUUUUUUAAUUUGUUUUGCUUCAGGGGCUUUGGGGGUUCUCUCCUUUAACUUUUUUUUUUCUCCUUUUUUUGGUUUUUUUUGUAAUUUAAGUUCCUAUUUUUGGUCGUUGAAACUGCACUUGAGUGAGCAGAAAAAUUGCCAAGCAAACUAAUGGCUGUAAAAGCAUAAACUGCAUGUGUGGACAUCAAUUACUGAGCCUCAUUUUGAUGAGGUGUUGUACAAAGAGUUUUAAUACAUUUUGUAAAUAAAACUGUAAAGAAAAAAAAAAUUAAA